GGAAGCCGCGGGCCCGUGACUGGGCGCCAGGCAGGCGGCGGCGGCGGAGGCGGCACCACCACCACCACCAUGUCGCGCUCGGUGCUGCAGUCCAGUCAGCAGAAGCUGGCGGAGAAGCUCACCAUCCUCAGUGACCGGGGCGUCGGCAUGCUAACCCGCCUCUACAACAUCAAGAAGGCAUGUGGAGACCCCAAGGCAAAACCAUCCUACCUUAUUGACAAAAACUGGAAUGUGCUGUGAAGUUCAUAGUCAGAAAGUUCCCUGCUGUAGAAACCCGCAACAACAAUUGAUAGCUUGCACAACUUCAGAAAGAAAAUUCUGGGAUUCUGAAAAAUUUGGCAUUAUACUACUUCACAUUUGUAGAUGUCAUGGAAUUUAAGGACCAUGUUUGUGAAUUGCUGAAGACUACUGAUUUUUGCCAAGUCUUCUUUGAUAUUACUGUAAACUUUGAUUUAACAAAAAACUACUUAGAUUUGAUCAUAACCUAUACAACACUAAUGAUCUUGCUGUCUCGAAUUGAAGAAAGGAAGGCAAUCAUUGGAUUAUACAACUAUGCUCAUGAAAUGACCCACGGAGCAAGUGACCGAGAAUACCCACGCCUUGGUCAGAUGAUCGUGGAUUAUGAAAACCCUUUAAAGAAGAUGAUGGAAGAAUUUGUACCCCAUAGCAAGUCUCUUUCAGAUGCACUAAGUUCUCUUCGGAUGGUGUAUCCUCGAAGGAAUCUGUCAGCUGACCAGUGGAGAAACGCCUAAUUACUGAGUCUCAUCUGUGCACCCGAUGCCUUGUGAAUAUCUCUCUUUGGAUGCAAUGGAAAAGUGGAUUAUCUUGGGCAAGACGGAAGCGCAGCUCCUCUUGGGCCAGGCUGACACCUCCCUGUGAGAG